AUGUCUAAGGGAAAUGGAGAAACUGUGGUCGAUGUCCUAGCUGAGAAGAGUAGUAGCCCUAAUCUUGCGAGUACAAAAGCCAAAGGACUUGCAGCUGGAGUUGCAAUCGGUGCUGCGGUGGUGGGAACAGCCAAAGUUGUCAAGCAUUCAAGGGGAUGGAAGAGAAUAGUUUGCAUUUUCGAUUUCCUUCCAAGGCUUUUUGGUAUUGCUCUCCACCUCGCAGCCGCUAUUACCAUGGGAACUGCUGAUCAAAUUCUUCCCUUCUUUACGCAUCACUUCCAGUUCCGGGCAACUUUCCAACAUCUCCCCGCCCUCACGUACGCUAUUUACGAAACCCAUCCUAUGAUAUUAAGAAUCUAA